GAAGCGGCGCCGAAGACAUCUGCAGCACAGCGCCCGGCGGCGAAGGCGAAAUCUUCCCAGCAGAUGAAGCAGGAGCGCGCCAGGGCAGCUGCCGAAGCCUCGCAGGCAGAUUCCCAAGCCCAGUUGGCGGCACUUCGGCGGCAGCGCGCCGAGCGAUACCAAGAGCAGCAG